CCCCCGGGUUCACUUCCGGUGUUGUCGGGAAAGGGGGGUCCCCGUUCUUGGUACUGCUGCCGGAGGGAGGGUGGGAGUUGAGGUCUCAUGGAGCCGUAGCUGUGAGGAGUCCCCGGCCCGGGCCCGGUGUGGGAGCCGGGCGGAGGCCGGACACGGGAGCCGCCGGAGCCGGAGGAGAUGGACAAACUGACCAUCAUCUCAGGAUGCCUCUUUCUGGCCGCCGACAUCUUCGCCAUCGCGAGCCUGGCGAACCCGGACUGGAUCAACACUGGGGAGUCCGCGGGUGCACUCACAGUUGGCCUUGUGCGACAGUGUCAAACCAUCCAUGGACGUGACAGGACCUGUAUUCCUCCACGGCUGCCCCCUGAGUGGGUCACCACAUUAUUUUUCAUCAUUAUGGGAAUCAUUUCACUGACUGUCACGUGUGGUUUGCUAGUGGCUUCCCACUGGCGAAGAGAAGCUACUAAAUAUGCCCGCUGGAUAGCAUUCACUGGAAUGAUCCUAUUCUGCAUGGCAGCCCUAAUAUUUCCAAUAGGAUUUUACAUCAAUGAAGUUGGAGGUCAACCAUAUAAAUUGCCCAACAACACAGUGGUUGGGUCCUCGUAUGUACUGUUUGUCUUAUCCAUUUUCUUUACAAUAGUGGGACUUCUAUUUGCCGGCAAAGUUUGUUUACCUGGCUGAUGAAUAUCUGAACUUCAUGAGUUUGUUUCAGAGGAGAGCAAGAUAUCAGAGUUGCAUUCUCAGGAGAAAGCCUAGAGCAGACUAUCAAAUGCUUACUGAAAAGAGGAAUGCUUUGACUUGUUCUCACUAUGCACUUUGGAUUAAAAAAAGAGAGAGAGAGAGAGAGAGCCUUUCCCAUAACCAAAUACAGACAUCGUUGACUAAUCUCCUGAGCAUAUUAAUGCAGUCAGGUCUGCACUGUGAUAGGGACUAGUGAAGAAGAAUGCUUUACACUGAGAAGCAUAUUGCCCCAUGUUACUGUAUCUGUUUUUAACGUCUAACAAUUUGAAAAUCAAAAUAUUUAUGAACCUUGUGGUAGACCAGAGGGUUUCAAAGGAGUUCAAGUGAGGCUGGCCUCACAAUUUAGGAGAUUAGCAUUUUACAUCUUCCUUCGGAUGGGCAAAGUCUUUGGCACCAAAAUGAAUCCAUCUUGCAUUACUGCACCAAGAAGCCAAUAGAUCAAAAUAUAUUCUUUACAAUGUAUGUAACAACAAAAAUGACAUACAUCCCCCUUCAGCUGUAGAAAAACACUAAAACUUUUUUUUGGGGGGG